AUGGACAUCAGCGAGGCUUCUUGUCAUCAUGCUAUAGUGCUCAGUACAACGACUCUCGACAGUGAUGCUUGGGAAAAGCUAUCAGAACAGCUUACUGCCGUCCUGAUCGAAGCACUACUAGCUGUUGGCAUUAGCACUUCCUCAGGCCAUGACACUCGGCACGAAAGGCGUUUCCUGGAUAAUGCCAAGUCUGUACUGGAUAUACAGAUCACUGUCCUGUCCAGCUCGGGUCUCGACUUACAGCAAUGCCAUGUUGUACUGUCAAGGCCAGGUGUCAAGGCACUCGAGCAGAACUGGGAUGUCGAGGUUGUCCUGCUACCUAGCGGGCUCUCCCAAGGAUUACAUACAAGACCUGGCUUAGCAGUCUUUGACAUGGACAGCACAUUGAUUCAGCAAGAAGUCAUCGAUGAGCUGGCUCGAGCAGUCAACAAGUACGAUGCCGUCGCCAAGAUCACCGAGGAGGCUAUGAGAGGCGAGCUGGACUUUGAGCAGUCGCUCGGGAAGCGGGUGGCGUUGCUCGAGGGCGUGCCGACAUCCAUAUGGGAUCAGCUCAAAGCCAGUACGAUCACAUUUACUCCUGGAGCACAUGAGCUUGUGGGAUGUUUGAAGGCUCUCGGAUGGAAGACGGCGGUGCUCAGUGGUGGAUUUGUACCACUUGCUCAGUGGGUGAAAGGACAAUUAGGACUGGAUUACGCUUACGCCAACGUGCUUCUGACCAACCAAGAAGGAACACAUCUCACGGGAAAGCUUGAUCCUAAGGCACCCAUAGUUCAUGCGAAGCGAAAGAAGCAGUUGUUGCAGAAACUUGCAGCCGAUAAUGAUAUUCCUUCUCAGAACGUCAUUGCGAUUGGCGACGGUAGCAAUGACUUGCUGAUGAUGCGAGUGGCGGGUCUUGGUAUAGCUUUUAACGCUAAGCUUUCCGUGCAGGAGAGAGCACCAAUGCGCAUGAAUAGGCAUAGUCUCCUGGAUAUCAUGUACGUGCUUGGACAUACAGAAGACGAGGUCAAGCGACUGCUAGUCAUUUAG